AUGGAUGAGGGGCGUGCUGGAGCUCUGGAGGAAAGAUUCUCUCCGAUAGUAAUUCGUUUCUAUUGGGCCUGCUUCGUGUCGCUCCACGUGGCUGGGUUUGCCUACUACGGAUUUACUGCGUGGUGUUACUGGAAUUUGCCUGGUACUCGGUUGGAUGUGUGGCUGAGUUUGUACCGACUUGGAAUGGAAGAGCACCACGACCGCAUAGUUGCUGUCUUUAUGGGCGUUGUCGCGGUGAUCCACGGUUUCUACAUUUUGUGGAUGAUUUUCUGGUCCUUCAAGAAGCGACAACUGGUGUUUGCGAUCUACAAUGUGGUGCACAUGCCGACAUGCAUUCUUCGACUCCUUCCUACCACAAGAAAAAACUCUCGCUCCGUUCACCCGAACGGCAUUUCACACUACGUGUACCGAGCCUUUUUCACUCGAGAUGGCUUGCUCGGUGUCGAUGGUCAGUAUUUCGACAGCAUUUUAUUCUGCAGAGAAGUAGUGGGGACAGCACUUCAGACUCACCAAGCAUACCGAAUGAGCGUGCUGCUUCCUCGAGUUCAGAUCAACCGCGUGUACGUUGCUCUCCUAGUUGCCAGUUGCUGGACAACCGCUCUGGUUCACUCAGUCUUCCAUACGAACUCAGUAAAGCGGCGAGUUUGGUCUCUUGUAAGCGACUGCGUUCUUGAUACGGUGACAGCGAUGGGGAUUUCUACAGUGUUGCUGGCGACGUACAUUAACGACUUUGACUUCACGAUAUCAGGCUUCCCCUUCUACAAGUGGUAUGAGGACAUCUGGGUUGUUCACGCAACGAGUGAGUUCCAAAUUAUACUGGUGACAUCGUGGAGGGAUUUGUGCACUCGAAUGGUGUUUGCCUUAAGUCUACUGAGCGACUUGGAUAGCCUGAAAAUGGCAAUGCGAGUAAGGCGACGAACAAGAACGAGCUCAUGCACAAGCAGUGGCAAGAACCGAGGACACCGUGCAACACUGGUUGCGCCCUACUUUGCAAGUGCGAAAUCGAGGAGUGGCCCUGGCAUGAACAUCCUCCGCAGAAGACAUGCUAUCGAGGACUUCCCAGCUUAUUUUCUUCGUGUGGGGGCUUGCGAUUUUGGUAUUGCAUUUUGCUGGAUGCAAGUGAGACCCUGGAUCACCAAGCAGUCUUCGUGUUCUUUACUGGUGCUGGAUUGCCACGAUAACCAGCUCGGAGGCAAAAAGAGCGAAGUGGUGCAACAAUGGAGCGCGUUUGAUCCAGCAAGUGUAACACGCGCUGUGGUGAGGCACUGCCCAGCGCUUGAAAUGCCUGUUACGUUGACAUCGUUCUCAAAUUUGAAUGCAAUCAAGCUAUACAACUCGACGGUUGUAACUUGGGACGAGAGUGCGGGACUGACGCAAGCAAGCCAUCCAAAACUCAUGACACUCUUUCUCGUCCGCGUUAAUUUGCCGGACGGUAGUCUCCCAGCUGGGCUCCAUUCAAGCGAUUUUCCUCAGUCAUUAGGAGAUAUUGAGUUCUGCAGCACAAAUCUACGCGCGUUGCCUGGUGAUAUCGAUUUGAAGUGGCCCCAAGCCGGAAGUAUCUACAUUGAAGCGAGUCAGCUCACAGAAGUCCCGCCGUCUCUCGCACGCCUGGCUCCGUUCGACCUGUCGUUGUCAAUGAAUCCAAUAUCGGUACUACCUGUUGAGCUGUUCGAGCAAGAAACGGUGGGGUACCUAAGUUUUGGUAGCACCCUUAUCACGCAGCUCCCUGCCACUGUCACAAAAUUAUCUUCCCAGCUACUCGAGAUCAACCUCAGCUACAACAAUUUGUCGUUCUUCUGGCCGUGGGUUGAUCCUAUCAUCGAUCAAUCCGAAGUUCCACCCUUAAAGAUGGCAGGCACCCCUUAUUGCAGGGAUAUUGAUCGCAUAUUCGCUGGAGAACAAGCAACCUUCUCUGUUGCUCCACCUGCUUCUGAAGGCAGUAAAGCCGUGUCGAUGUUGGCCGAUUCCUCUGUGGGAAACUGGGCGACACUGAAGAAAGGGGUGUCAUGUGAUGACCAGGACACGACCUGGUACCCAAUCGAGUUGGAAGAUGAAUACAGCAGCGUAUCGUACCCGGGGCAAUACUGA